UUUUUUUUGGGGGCUAUAAAUACACAGAGAAGCCCUCCAGUUGGUUACUUCAACUUGUCAGUUAUAAACCUCAGCUUCUUCUGAACGGGAAGAAAGCUCUCUGCUUUCUGGGGGUGGGGGUGAGAAAAGAGGGUUCUUCUCCACUGGGUUUUUUUCUGUGUACCAUUUUUCCCCUUGUGUUUUUUUUUUGGUGUACAUUUUUUUUCUCCAUUCCUUCAAUCAAUGGGCACCAUUUCUGCUUCCAUCUUCCUUCUUCUACUUUCCCUUUGCUUCACUCCCCUGCUUCUCUGCAAUGCUGCUGCUGAUUCAACAACUAACCCGGCCCAAGCCCCACAUUCUUCCCCUCUCCUCCGCCAACAACGUCAGCCCCGCCGGUCUGCUUCCCACAACUACAAAGAUGCCCUGACCAAAUCUAUUAUGUUCUUUGAAGGCCAGAGGUCAGGGAAGCUCCCACCUAACCAGAGGAUCACUUGGAGGAAAGAUUCUGGCUUGUCUGAUGGGUCUGCAGCCAAUGUUGAUUUGGUGGGAGGAUACUAUGAUGCAGGGGAUAAUGUGAAGUUUGGUUUUCCAAUGGCUUUCACCACUACUAUGCUGUCAUGGAGUGUGAUUGAGUUUGGUGGGCUAAUGAAAGGGGAACUCAUGAAUGCUAAAGAAGCCAUUCGCUGGGCUACUGAUUACCUUCUCAAAGCCACUGCCAAACCAGACACCAUUUAUGUUCAGGUUGGAGAUGCAACCAAGGACCAUGCUUGCUGGGAAAGGGCAGAGGAUAUGGACACACCAAGAAGUGUUUUUAAGGUUGACAAGAACAAUCCAGGUACUGAGGUUGCUGCUGAAACUGCUGCGGCUCUUGCAGCUGCUUCAUUGGUCUUCAGGAAAUGUGACCCCACUUAUUCCAAGACCCUGGUCAAACGAGCUAUCAGGGUGUUUGAAUUUGCGGACAAGUACAGAGGUUCUUACAGCAAUGGUGGAUUGAGGCCUUGGGUGUGCCCUUAUUAUUGUUCAGUUUCUGGUUAUGAGGAUGAACUGUUGUGGGGUGCUGCUUGGCUGCACAAAGCCACCAAGAAUGCAAAAUACCUCAACUACAUUCAAGUGAAUGGACAAACACUGGGAGCAAGUGAGAUGGAUAACACAUUCUGUUGGGACAACAAGCAUGCUGGUGCUAGAAUUCUUCUUUCUAAGGCAUUCCUGGUCCAGAAAGUUCAAUCCCUCCAUGAUUACAAAGGCCAUGCAGACAACUUCAUCUGUUCUCUCAUUCCAGGGACCUCAACUUCUCAAUCUCAAUACACCCCAGGUCUUAAUUUUAAUGAAUUCCUUUCAUUUAUUCCUUCUGGAAUAAUAAUAAACAGAUGGAAGUGAACAGAUUUUAAUUUGGUUGGUGUGUGACUGUGUGUGUGAUUCAUUAAUGUCAUUUCAGGCGGGCUUCUGUAUAAGAUGAGUGAUGGCAACAUGCAGUAUGUGACAUCAACAUCUUUCAUGAUCCUUUCCUAUGCUAAGUAUUUAACCUCAGCUCACACAGUGGUCAAUUGUGGUGGCACCAUCAUCACACCAAAAAGGCUUCGUUCCAUUGCCAAAAAACAGGUGAAAAAUUAAGGCUUCUAUUUCCCUUGAUGGUAUUUUUCUCAUUGCCAAUUUAUUAUGUGGAAUUUUGGCUCUAAUAAUUGUGGAAAAAUGUUUGCAGGUGGACUAUCUGUUGGGAGACAAUCCUUUGAAAAUGUCGUUCAUGGUUGGAUACGGAUCCAGAUACCCGGUUAGGAUCCACCACAGGGGAUCAUCCCUGCCUUCUGUUGCAGCCCACCCGGCAAAGAUCCAAUGCUCAGCCGGGUUCAGUUACAUGAACUCCAACUCUCCUAAUCCUAACAUCCUGUACGGGGCAAUCGUGGGUGGACCCGAUUUGAAGGACCGUUUCCCUGACAAACGGUCGGAUUAUGAGCAAUCCGAACCCGCCACUUACAUCAACGCACCCUUGGUUGGAUCCCUUGCCUACCUGGCUCACUCAUUUGGCCAACUCUGAAGUGAUGUUUAAAAUACCAUAAUACCCUUUUCCGUUGAGGGGGUUUUAUGAGUAGUAGUGAUAUUAUUAUUGGUUAAGUUAAAUUACUAAUUGUAGUUUUUGGUGGCUUUAGGUCUAAGUUUGUAGUGAUCCAAAAAAAAAUGUGGCAAAUUUGACAAUUGGAACCGAGACCUCGAGAAAGAAAAGAGGCUCGAAAAAAACAAAGUUGUGCAUAAUUUGCCCGUUGCUUGGAACCAAGCCUAUGUGUUUUACUCUAUUAGGCUUUAAUGCGUGUACUCUUUCUUGUUAAUGCCAGUAAAUGCGAGUACUAAUUAAAAUUGCGUUUUGGCGUGAAUCUAUCUUGAUGUAGCAUUUUAUAUAUUUAGAAAUCGUGCA